CGUCUCCGCCACCUUUUCCCAUCUUCCUUCUCCACCCACUCUCUGCCGCCACCAUACCCUCCUCUCUCUGACCCCUUCUUGGUCGAGAAGGUUCUCCUCAGCUUAAAGCACAACAACCUCAACUCCCUCCACAACCACCUCAACAACAACCUUAACCGCUCCGACCCAUUUCCCCUCAUCGUCGAUAUUCUCCGCCGGUGCCAUCAAAAUCCCACCUUGGUCAACAGGUUCCUACAUGCCCUUUCCUUCCCUUCUCCCAACCUCAAACACUCCACGCGCUCACUGGGCGCAAUGGUCCACGCGCUUGUCCGCCUCAGGAAGGUUCCGGAAGCUCAGGCCCUGCUCCUCCGCAUGAUCAGGAAAAGCGGAGUCACGCGCCGCGAGAUCAUCGAUUCAUUGAUCAAUGGUGAUUCUUGUUCCAAUGUCAAUGUGAGUGUUUUUGACUUGUUGAUAAGGACUUAUGUUCAAUCUAGGAAGCUUAGAGAAGGUUCUGAAGCUUUUGAAUUGUUGAGGGGUAGAGGGUUUUGUGUUUCCAUCAAUGCAUGCAAUGCUCUUCUUGGUGCACUUGUGAGAAUUGGUUGGGUUGAUUUGGCAUUCAAUGUGUAUGAUAGUGUUGUGAAUAGUGGUAUGCAUGUUAAUGUUUAUACUCUUAAUAUUAUGGUUAAUGCUUUGUGUAAAGAUGGUAGAUUGGAAUAUGUUAAGGAUUUUUUGGAUGGUAUGGAGAAUAAGGGUGUUUUCGCUGAUGGCGUGACUUAUAAUACUUUGAUCAAUGCUCAUUGUCGCGAGGGGCUCUUGUCGAAGGCAUUCGAGUUGAUGAAUUCGAUGGCAAGCAAGGGGUUAAGACCCGGGAUUUUUACUUAUAAUGCUAUUAUCAAUGGAUUGUGCAAGAAGGGUAACUAUGCGAGGGCGAGGGAAGUUUUGGAUGAGAUGUUGGCGAAUGGAUUGAGCCCUGAUGCCACAACUUUUAACCCCUUGCUUGUGGAGAGUUGUCGGAAGGAUAAUGUUCGGGAGGCUGAAAAGGUUUUUAAUGAAAUGUUGCAUCAUGGAGUUGUUCCUGAUUCGAUUAGCUUCAGCUCAAUUAUAGGUGUGUUCUCCAGGAAUGGGAAUCUUGAUCGUGCCUUGGCGUAUUUUAAUAGCAUGAGGGGUUCUGGUUCGGUUCCUGAUACCGUGAUUUAUACCAUUCUUAUAGACGGAUAUUGUAGAAACGGAAAAAUGCUUGAGGCUUUAAGAAUGCGGAAUGAAAUGGUGGAGCAGGGAUGCGUCAUGGACGUGGUUACGUAUAAUACGCUACUGAAUGGAUUGUGCAAGGGGAAAAUGCUUGCUGAUGCCGAUGAGUUGUUUAAGGAGAUGGUGGAAAGAGGAGUUUUUCCUGAUUUCUACACUCUAACCACUCUCAUCCAUGGAUAUUGCAAGGAUGGGAAUAUGAAUAAAGCACUCGGGUUAUUCGAGACAAUGACUCAGAGAAACCUUAAGCCAGAUGUUGUAACAUAUAAUACAUUGAUUGAUGGAUUCUGUAAAAUUGGUGAAAUGGAUAAAGCUAAGGAAUUGUGGUCAGAUAUGUUAAGUAGGAAUAUAGUGCCAAAUCACAUAUCUUUUAGCAUUUUAAUAAACGGAUUUUGCAGUUUAGGUCUUAUGUCCGAAGCAUUCGGCUUGUGGGAUGAAAUGGUAGAGAAAGAUAUUAAACCCUCCCUGGUUACUUGCAACACCAUUUUAAAGGGCUAUUUGAGAGCUGGUGAUGUGUCGAAGGCUGAUGACUUCUUGAACAGGAUGAUUUCGGGAGGAGUUUCUCCUGAUGGUAUUACAUACAAUACUCUUAUAAAUGGUUUUGUAAAGGAAGAGAACCUUGGCAGAGCUUUUAUGUUGAUCAACGACAUGGUUCAACAAGGGAUACUGCCUGAUGUUAUCACAUACAAUGCGAUUCUAUUCGGGUAUUGUAGGCAAGGCAGAAUGGAAGAGGCUGAGAAGGUAUUACGUAUGAUGAUUGACAAAGGAAUCAAUCCUGAUAAAUCGACGUACACAGCAUUGAUCAAUGCGCACGUUUCUCAAGACAAUCUGAAAGAGGCAUUCCGUUUUCAUGACGAAAUGCUGCAGAGGGGGUUUGUGCCAGAAGACAAUGUCUAAGGGAUUUUAUUGUUGGGGUGAUGUAAAUGUUGGAACUUGGAACAUUACAACACUUUGCACCGAAUUCCCGGUAUGAAAAGGUUUCGCAUAUAUAAGGCGAGCAUUGCGGCCCUGGUUGGUAACAAAGAAAAGAAAGAAAGAUUGAAAUCAAGAAAUGAUUAUUGAAUUGGGCUGAAGCAAAUGCUGCCACUUUUCUACCGUUUACCAAAAUGCAAGCGGCAUAUGAAGAGCACAACGAUUCGACUAAUCGUGCUUGAGUAACUGUGACGGCUUCUUCUGGUACAUUUUUCCGGUCUCCAGAGUUCAAACUCGAAAUCGCUUUGGAAAAGGAAUGAAUUUGCUUAUUAGCAGACCAACAUUGGCGUUGGUUACAUACACAUAGAUAACUUGUUAAGUUUAUUGUUUAGUCAUGGAUUCUUUUAUCUUCAUUGUUGGUAUAUGAAGCAUGAAUACUAGAGUAUAAUAAUAAUUUGGGCCUCCAUACAUGUGUAACACUUGGUAACUUUUGCAAUGAACUAACCAAGUUGGGUUGGUCUAGUGGUUAGCUCACUAGUCCGCUUAAGCAAGUGUCGGGGGUUCGAAUCCCGCCUUGUGCAUGCAGCAACCCAUUGGCCAGCGGCAAACCCUUAAAUGGAGCUCAGUACCGUGGCGGAUUAGUCCUUGGCCUGCCGGGCUGGGGGAUACCGUGGGAAACCAAAAAAAAAAAAAACUUUUGCAAUGAACUUGAAUUUUUCCAUGACUUAAUUAAUUUAU